CAUGAUUGUUUGAUAUUAAUUUCGAAUGCAUAAACUCAUCCAAUAAAGGGUUAUCUUGCUUUUGGUUUUUAUUUUUAGAAAAAAAAAAAAGAAAGCAAACUUCCAUCAGGAUUAUUGGCCAAAGAAGGAAAACUGCCACGUUUGGUGAUGUGGACGUACAUGGUCCAAGACGCUCUUUCCUACAUUCUACUUUCGGACAGGAGGGUUGCCCAAACUAUUGUCUCGCCAAUUUCCCUGGAAGAUAAGAAAAGACAAGGGAAAAGAGAAAACUGAGAAAAAUCCUCAUGGCCAUUUCUUUCUUCUUCUUCCUCUCUUUCCUUUUCAUCCCUUUCUCCUCCUCCUCAUCAGACCGUCUAGAAAACUUCAUCAUCCACGUGUCCAAAUCACACAAGCCGUCCCUUUUCUCCUCUCACCAUCACUGGUACUCCUCCAUCCUCCAUUCUCUCCCUCCUUCACCUCACCCCACCAAGCUCCUUUACGCCUAUGAAAUUGCCAUCAAUGGAUUCUCCGCUCGUCUUACGGCUACGCAGGCAGAGAAGCUCAGGGAACUUCCUGGAAUCCUUUCUGUGAUUCCUGACCAGGUUCGUCAGAUCCAGACUACUCGGACACCUCACUUUUUAGGCCUUUCGGAUGGUGUAGGUCUUUGGCAGAACUCCUAUUAUGGCGAUGGUGUUAUAAUAGGAGUUUUAGAUACGGGAAUAUGGCCAGAACGCCCCAGUUUUACAGACUCCGGGCUGUCCCCUGUUCCGGAUAGCUGGAAAGGUAUCUGUGAGACAGGACCAGACUUUCCUGCUUCUGCUUGCAACCGAAAAAUAAUCGGUGCAAGAGCUUUUUACAAAGGCUACGAGUCUUAUCUUGAAAGACCCAUGGAUGAAACAAAAGAGUCUAAGUGUCCACGAGAUACUGAAGGUCAUGGCACGCAUACUGCUUCAACUGCUGCUGGAUCUGUGGUUUCUAACGCCAGCUUUUUCGAUUUUGCAUAUGGGGAGGCUCGCGGUAUGGCUACAAAAGCAAGGAUUGCUGCUUACAAGAUUUGUUGGAGUUUAGGUUGUUUUGAUUCUGAUAUACUUGCAGCUAUGGACCAAGCAAUUGCAGAUGGAGUUAACGUGAUUUCUUUAUCUGUGGGAGCCACUGGAUAUGCUCCUCAGUAUGAUCAUGAUUCCAUAGCAAUUGGGGCUUUUGGUGCUGUUAGUCACGGUGUUGUCGUGUCAUGUUCUGCUGGGAAUUCUGGUCCUGGUCCAUACACUGCUGUUAACAUUGCGCCUUGGAUUUUAACAGUUGGUGCUUCUACAAUUGACAGGGAGUUUCCAGCUGAUACGAUUCUUGGUGAUGGCAGGAUAUUCAGCGGUGUUUCAUUGUACUCUGGUGACCCCUUAGUUGAUAUCAAGCUUCCUUUGGUUUAUGCUGGUGAUGUUGGAAAUAGGUAUUGCUAUAUGGGGAGUCUGAGUCCAUCAAAGGUUCAAGGCAAAAUCGUUGUUUGUGAUAGGGGAGGGAAUGCUAGAGUUGAAAAAGGAAGUGCGGUGAAGCUUGCUGGUGGGUUAGGAAUGAUACUGGCAAACACUGAAGAGAGUGGUGAAGAACUCAUUGCCGAUGCUCAUCUUAUUCCAGCUACCAUGGUGGGUGAGAUAGCAGGUAAUAAGAUCCGGAAGUACAUCAAAAUAAGUCCGUUUCCUACAGCUACAAUUGCGGUUCGUGGAACAGUUAUCGGGCCUUCACCAUCAGCUCCAAAGGUUGCUGCUUUUUCAAGCCGUGGUCCAAACCAUUUGACCCCGGAAAUUCUCAAACCUGAUGUCAUUGCUCCUGGUGUUAAUAUCUUGGCUGGAUGGACUGGUUUCGCUGCACCAACUGAUUUGGACAUUGAUCCAAGAAGAGUUAAUUUCAACAUAAUUUCAGGUACUUCAAUGUCCUGUCCUCAUGUUAGUGGAUUGGCUGCUCUGCUUAAAAAGGCAUACCCUAAUUGGUCACCUGCUGCCAUAAAAUCUGCCUUGAUGACAACUGCAUACAAUCUAGAUAACUCGGGAAAUCCCAUUAAUGAUCUUGCUACUGGGGAAGAAUCAUCACCAUUUGUUUAUGGAGCCGGCCAUGUGGAUCCCAACAGAGCUCUUAAACCUGGAUUGGUAUAUGAUAUCAAUGAUAGUGACUAUGUUGCAUUCCUUUGCUCAAUUGGCUAUGACUCGAAGAGGAUUGCAGUUUUUGUCAGAGAGGCUACUAGCUCAGAUGUAUGUGAAGGGAAAUUGGGUACACCUGGCGAUCUUAAUUAUCCAUCAUUCUCAGUUGUUUUUGACUCUGAUGCUCAUGUAGUUAAGUACAAGAGGACGGUGAAGAAUAUUGGGACUUCAGUUGCUGCAGUUUAUGAAGCUAAAGUGAAUGCUCCAUCUGGUGUUGAAAUCAGCGUUUCCCCAAGUAAGCUUGAAUUCAGCGAAGAAAACCAAUCGCUGAGCUAUGAGAUUACAUUUGCAAGUGAUGGUUUGGCCUUGUCUGCUGUUGCUUCGCAAGCAUUUGGGUCUAUCGAGUGGAGUGAUGGAGUCCAUCUUGUGAGGAGCCCCAUUGCUGUUAGGUGGCUUCAGGGGCUCAAGGAUUCCAUUUGAUUAAGCAGAUUGAAAUGCUGUGAAUAACUGGGGGACGACCCUCGUCUAGCAUAGCUAAACAUUGGGGUGUAUUUUUAUCAAUCUGCACUUACCAUCUUCUUGUAAAAAUUAAAGCAUCUUGUGUCAACUUUUCAUUGUACUUCGAUUUCCUGUAGCAUCAAUGAAGAAUUUCAGUUGACUAA